AUGUAUCAGUGUUAUGGAGCAGAAGAUCAAAAGGCACUGGAGGAGGGCGUCAUCUCCGAAGUUCGACCACAAAAUGAACUUCUUCGUCAAGCACUUUCACUUGUUCGCCCUAUCCCUGGUCGCAGAGAGGCGUUUGAGGCGCAUAUACGCAGCUGUGAACGAAUCCCCCGGAGGCCAAGGAUAGCCCCGGCCACAAUCUACAACUUACUGUCAAAGGAGCAACAGGACGAGUUCAACUUUGACCUCUGUCGGUUAGCUACAGGCAUGAGUGAUGGAUGGAAGAAUGUUAGGCGUAAUGCGUUGAUCGCCUCUAUGCUCUCAGUUGAUUACAAGACUUACACUGUUUGUGUGCACGAUCUGUCAGCGCAACACAAGACAGCCGAGAACCACUUGAAGCUUGUACUUAGUGACAUAGACAAGACCAAGAAGGAGCAUAACGUCCGUGUUAUUGCUUGGGUUUCUGAUGCAGGAGGCGACUCACGAGCCAUGCGAGUCCGACUUCACCGUUUACGCCCUCACAUUUUGGUAUUUGACUGCUGGGCACACCAGAUUAACCUUGUUGUUGGUGAUAUCAUGAGCCUAACCUCACGGCUUGUUGACACCGCAGAUGAUGCAAUCAAUAUCAUCAAGAGCAAGCCCGAGAUGGCAGGAAGCCUCGCAGUCUUGCACUUCCUGUUCUCACUCGAUGGACCUCACAUCCUUUCGUUCCGUAGCUUAUUGUCCGAGUCUCGAUCACUUCGUGCUCUUGCUGCCCGUAAUCCCGAAGAAUUUCGAGCAAGUGCAGGGCGAACCCCCGAGUUGGUUCAGCAAGCCGAAACAGUUUUGAAAAACAUUGACGAUCCUGAAUUUUGGCUUAGAUUGAACGAGCUUAAGCUGUAUCUUGAACCGCUUGCAAUUGCAGCAAAUGUCUCCCAGGCUGCAACUACGAGGCUUGACCAUAUUCUGGUCGAGCUUGGCCGGUUGUACUACACAUUCUCGAAUCUCGGAUUCAAUCCAAAGAUUCGCGAGUGCGUAUUGGAGAGCCUGGAGCGUCGCUGGGGCAAGGCAGACCAAGAUCCGUUUAUCCUGGCUCGUGUGUUUCGACGAGUCUUUUGUAAAGAAAACGACCUCGAAUUGUACGAAGCGUUCCUCGAUUACUACGACUCCCGGAACGAAUUUCAUCCAGAUCGAUGGGAUUACGAAGAGCAGCGAGCAAUGCACGAGCGAGCGGGUAAGCCGCUCAAUAUGAUUCAUGUCUGGUCGGGGCUUCUUGCCUACGAAACACCAAACUCUGGACGUCACCAGUUAGCUCACUUGGCAAUACACGUCUUGUCGAUUGUUGCUAACUCGGCUGGCUGCGAGCGACUAUUCAGCGAGAUGGGACACAUUCACACAAAGCGGCGUAAUCGGCUGGGAUACCAGAAGGUAUUUGACACCGCGGUUGUGCGUAUGGACCUCAAACGCAAGCACGCAGAUGAGGGGAGGACACGUUCAAGGCUGAAGCGCCAGUUUGGCUCCCCAGCUCUCGAUUCUGUGGUUUCGGGGGCUGGCGCCAAAAGAAAUAACCAACCCGACGAGCUUGCAGAGUCUAUUGGCGAUGUCGAUGCAAUCGAAGAGGAGCUGGUUACUCCGAGCGUGCGUUCGCUCAUAACGCAACUUCGUCAAGAUGUACUCGAUGACGAAGAUCCAUUAGAUGACGAGCCCGAUGAACCGCCCGUCGCUACGCUCCCGAAAAGGUUCGGUUAUUUUUCGGCACUCAGUUUCCUAUCCCACUACGUGAUCUCUUCGACUACUCUCUUCCCAACCACGUUCCCAUUGGGAUUUACCAACACUGCCGACAAUCCUGGGCCUAAGGGCAAAGGAAUCAGCUCGCGUUUUUCAGGCAUCCUGCGUCGUUCUACUCGCUCUACUUCUGAUCUUACCAGUAUUCACGCACACGAUAUUAGUUCUGUAUACCCGUCUGAGAGAAAAGCUAUUAAAAAAUCCAAAAACAACGGCUCCAAUGACUCUAUCUCUAUAAAAAUUAGUAACGUCCAAUCCACCAUCCCCGCUGGAUCCACCCAGGAAGCAGUUGCAGACGCAACAUUAAACAUUGAGUCCAUCUCUGAAUACUCCCGUACCCCUAGCCCUACCCGAGCAUCACGCGUCGCAAGCCCAAAGGUCCAACUCAUCCUGUCCACCAAAGACAAACCCCCAGUCAUAAUGGUCGUCAGCUCUUCCCAAGAGUCUGAACAGAUUAGAGACGCAGGGGAAGGGUUCAAGAGACUGGCGGAACAUACGUUGGACGAUGAUAGCGAAGUCGGCACACCCAAAAGUGUAGCCAUGGAGCUGACAGAGGACACACGUCCAAUGUCGGCCACCCCCAAAUCUAACCGCAUUAACAAGAUUCGCAGAGAAACCCCCAUGCACGACCUCACAUGGAACCCGGAAGAUCAACACUGGCUCGACCGACUCGAAGAUGGAGCGUACCCUUGCGAUGACGCGCUUCAAUGCGCCCUCAAGUACUCCCAAAUCACCGCUAAAGUCAUCCGAUCCAUCAUCAACAACAGAGUAACCCAAGACGACCACCAGCGAGCAAAACACAACAAUCAAGUUCCUGAAAGAAAUUGCAAAAAUCAGCGAAAAAGACCCAUGAAACCUGAACCCACCAUAUCAUUAGACGACAACGAAGAAAUGGAAACAGACCACAAACCAGACUGGGACAACACCAAACCCGGGAAAGGAUGGGGACAAACAAUAGCCCACACACAACCCACCAACCCGUUUAUCGACUUUGACCCAACCUCCGGACGUAUCAACCCCAACCCAAUCACACCCUCAAUCCUGAACACCAACAACCCAAUCCUCAACCAAAUCCUCAAGAAACUCGAACAACUUGACAACAUCAACACCAGGCUGAGCAGGCUCAAAGGCUCAAAGCCGCAGGCUAAGCCUGCACAAACGACCCAGCCAGCCCCGCCCCCAAACCCAUUCAAAACUCAAGGUAACACCAAAGCCCCGGAAGUCAAAGCUUCCAACAUUGCGUCCGCCCUCAAGAGGGACAUUGCAAAACCCCCACCCGCACAGAGCAACAACAGGAACUUUGUCGUUUGCUUUAAAACCCUACCGGUCACCCAACCCAACCUGGAGAGCAUCUUUGUGUCCAUGCGCAAAUGCCUAGACGCCGCAAACAGAACGCUUGGUAAAGGCAGACUCACCAGAGCCCGCUGGACACUCAAGGCAAGUCUACAUCUUUCAUUUUCUAAUUCCGCAUCCAUCACGGCAAUCAAAAACGCCAUUCCUCUACUCAUGGACAAGCUGAAAAUGCCUGAGUACGAGUUCGGCCCCAAAGUCCCAUGGAGUUGGCUGGUAGUCACCAACGUCCCCACUGGGAUGGGAGGGCCUGCGCAACGCAUGCGCAACCGAGACAAACUGUUGUAG